CAAAUUUUUGCAGUAUUUUAAAGACGCCGGCGAGGAGACAUGGCGGUCGUAGACGGCGACGAGUGGUCCCUAGCGUCAGAAGCUACGCCGUCGUACCGGUACCAGUGGGACGUGUUCCUCAGCUUCAGAGGCGAGGACACGCGCCACGGCUUCACCGACCGCCUCUACAACGAGCUCGUGCGGAACGGCGUCCGGACCUUCCGCGACGACGAGGAGCUGCCGCGCGGCGAGGAGAUCGCGCCGGGCCUAAUCGCCGCCAUCCAAGACUCGGCGGCUUCGAUCGCCGUCAUAUCGGAGAACUACGCCUCCUCGAAAUGGUGCCUGGAAGAGCUCGCAACGAUUUUGGAAUGCAAGCGGCUCAUGCUUCCGGUGUUCUACGAAGUCGAUCCCUCCGAUGUGCGGAGACAGGGCGGCGCGUUUGAGCGGGAUUUCCGGAACCACCAGAUGACGGUGGACGCCGGUAGGAUUCUCCGGUGGAGGGAAGCCAUGACGAAAGCCGGUAAUAAAUCCGGUUGGGAUUCCAGUGUCUGGGAUGAGCCUACACUAAUCCAGUCUCUGGUGAAGAAGGUUUUGAGUAAGCUAAACAAUACACCUUUAGGCGUAGCAAAAUAUCAAGUUGGACUGCAUUCUCGUGUGGAUGAGCUGUUGAGGAAGUUGGAUGUUAAAGGCAAUGGUGUUCGAAUGCUAGGGUUAUAUGGAAUGGGAGGGAUCGGGAAGACCACUCUCGCCAAAGCUUUGUUUAAUAAGCUCGUCUUCCAUUUCAAGAAGCGCAGCUUUGUUUCAAAUGUUAGAGAAAUUUCUCGCCAGUCUGAUGGUUUGGCAACUCUUCAAAGCAAAUUGAUCGGAGAUCUUAAAAGCAAAGUGAUCGGAGAUCUUAAUCCGGACUCUUUGCCGACCAUACCUGACAUUGCUGUAGGUAUUCGUAAGAUCAAGCAGUGUAUUGAGAGUGCGCCAGUUGUUGUGUUCUUAGAUGAUGUGGAUAACCUAAAGCAACUUCAAGUGCUUGCUGGUGGGAAAGACUGGUUUUAUGAAGGGAGCAGAAUCAUCAUCACCACUAGAGAUAUGCAGGUUUUGGUUGGAAAUGUUGAUGAAAUUGUUGAGGUUAAGGAGCUUUCAUUCCAGGAAUCACUACAACUCUUUAGUUACCAUGCUUUUGGAAGAGAGGAGCCUAGUAAAAGUUUUAAGGAUAUUUCUGAGAAAAUUGUUUCACUCACCACGGGUCUUCCUCUUGGUCUGGAAGUGUUUGGCUCUUUUCUGUUCUACAAGAAAAGGUUAAGGGAUUGGGAAGAUGCAUUGCAAAAGCUAGAGCAAAUUCGGCCCGGGGAGGUUCAAGAUGUGCUGGAAAUAAGUUUCAAUGCCCUGGAUGAACAGGAAAAGCGAAUAUUUCUUGACUUGUCUUGUCUCUUUGUUGACAAGAAGUUUAUGAGGGAAGAUGCAAUUGACAUAUUUAAUGGUUGUGGCUUCAGUGCUGAAACAGCCAUAACAGAUCUCACGGCUAAAUCUCUUGUUAAGAUCAUUGAUGGAAAUGUUUUAUGGAUGCAUGAUCAACUCAGAGAUAUGGGGAGACAAAUUGUUCACCACGAAAACUACAGAGAUCCAAGUGAGCACAGUAGGCUCUGGGAUUAUCAUGAAAUCAUGAAUAUAUUGAAGAAUCUAAAGGGCACAAAAAUGAUUGAGGGCAUCACCAUUGACUUUGAAAAGAAGGAUGAUCUAGCUUCUCAGAAAGUACAACAGAUCAACUUGCAGAAAAGAUAUAGAUCGCCAUCUGCAAUUGCACACUUGAAGCAAUCAUAUAACAAGCAUUUUGGCCAUGCUGCUGGGGAAGAAGAUGGAAUACUCAACACCAGAGCUUUUAAAGCUAUGGCCAAUCUAAGACUUCUUCGGAUCAAUUAUGCUGAAUUGCUUGGUAAUUUCAAGUUUUUUCCUGCUGAAAUGAAGUGGCUGCAGUGGAAAGGUUGCCCUUUACAAUGUAUUCCUUCUGAGUUUUGGCCUCGUGAUAUUGCUGUUCUUGAUCUGUCUGAUAGUAAUAUUACACAUGUAUGGAACAAGAAGCGAUUGGAUAGCUUCCGGUAUAAGAUGGGCGAGAAGCUACAUGUUUUGAACCUCAGUAAUUGUUACUUUCUUGAGGAACUCCCUGACUUAACUGGCAUUCCCUUGGAGAAACUGAAUCUUGAAAAUUGCAAAAAACUGGUUAAGAUUCAUCCCUCAAUUGGAAACUUGAGCACAUUGAUCUAUCUGAACCUUAAAGGUUGUGAGAAUCUUAUGUUGUUUCCAAAUGAUGUCUCUGGUUUGAAACAUCUUGAAAAACUUAUCCUCUCUGAUUGUUCCAGUCUAAGUGAAUUACCGGAGGACUUGAGUGGGCUGAAAUCCUUGAAAGAGUUGCUUGUAAAUAGGACAUUGAUAGGAACACUUCCCAAGUCUGUUUAUCGCUUAAAAAUCUUGGAAAUUUUCAACUUAGAUAACUGCAGCCGAUUGAGAGUGCUGCCUGAAUCCAUAGGGAGCUUGAACUCUCUUAGACAGCUUUCCUUAAACAGAUCAGCUUUACGAGAAAUGCCUGAAUCUGUCGGAAUGCUGACAAACCUAGAGACACUGAGUUUGAGAUAUUGCGGAUCAUUGUCUUCCAUUCCCAACACUGUUGGCGAUCUGAAAUCUUUACUUGAACUGUACCUUGAUGGAACCUCAAUCAAUGGAUUGCCAGAAUCUGUAGGCUCCUUAAAUCAUUUGAAGCACCUUAGGGUCAGCUGUUGUAAGAAUCUGACCGAAUUGCCAAAUUCUAUAGGCAGAUUGUCAUCUCUAAUUUGGCUCUGUAUGGAUGAAACUUCAAUCUGUGAAGUACCUGAUGAAUUGGGAUCGUUGAAGAACCUUGAAAAGCUAGAGAUGAGAAAUUGUACUUCUAUCAAAUCAUUACCAGACUCAAUAGGGAAUCUUUUGAGUCUAACCAGUUUGGCCCUGGAUUCCACCUCCAUAGAAGAGUUGCCAGAAUCUAUAGGCUUUUUGGAAAGGCUUUGGGCACUAAAGCUGAAUAACUGUUCAAAUCUCCAGAGGUUGCCAUCUUCAAUUGGGAAUCUGAAAAAUUUGUGUUACUUCUAUAUGGUAAACACUGCAGUCACUGAAUUGCCCGAUGAAAUUGGGAUGCUUUCAAGCUUAAAAGUUUUGAAAAUGCAGAAGAAUAAUCAGCCCUCUCAAGCCAAUGACACAAGAGAGAUCACUCUUCCAGAAUCAUUUUCAAAUCUCUCAUCAUUGGAACAUCUGGAUGCUAGUGCCUGGAAAAUUUCUGGUAAAAUUUCUGAUCACUUUGAGAAAAUGUCCUCAUUGAAUACUCUUAAACUUGGUCGCAACAAUUUUUGGAGCCUCCCUUCUAGCACGAAGGGGCUCACUGUUCUCAAGAAAUUGCUUUUACCUGAUUGCAAAGAGCUCAAGUCUCUCCCUCCACUUCCUUCAAGUUUGACAGACUUGAAUGUUGCAAACUGUUCUUCAUUGGAACACAUAUCUGAUCUAUCAAAUCUGGGGAGUUUGCGGGAACUUCGAUUUUCUAAUUGCAAAAAAAUAACAGACAUUCCUGGUCUAGAAAGCUUGAAAUCAUUGAGAUGGUUGUACACAGUUGGCUGCAAUGCAUGCUUACCAUCCCUGAAACGAAGAAUUUCUAAGGACACACUAAGACAUAUGCGCUAUUUAUGCGUUCCGGGGAGUGAGAUUCCAGAAUGGCUUGUUCAAGAACUGCCAAGUUUUUCCCCACGAAAAAACCGUGACCUCAAGGGGGUGCUCAUUGGUGUUGUUGUCUCCCUCAACCAAGAAGUAGAGGAUAGCUUCAGAGAUAAAGUCCCCGCGAUUAUGGACAUCCAAGCAAAGAUAAUCAGACAGGGCCAGGCCAUCCUCACUACCACUCUGAACUUAUCGGGGGUUCCCGACACCAAUGAUGACCAGCUCUACUUGUGUAGAUUUCAUGAAACUAACAACCUUGUGUUCAUGUUGCAAGAGGGGGACAAGUUGCAGGUGGCAAUGCGAGAGCCGUCAUGUUUCAGAGGGCUGGAACUGAAGAAGUAUGGGAUGUGCUUGGUUUAUGAGUACGAGGAUGAUCUUGAUGAGAGGGAUGAAGUAUUGUUUGAUGAAUCUCACCAAUCUGUGUCAAAGAAACUGGCAAACUUCUUAAAUGCUCUGUGACAGUUUUGCUGCUGGCUUGCUUUAGGAUACUUCAUUUUGACAAAUGGUAAAUCAUUGUUGUAACUUGUAAGUCAUGUAUAUAUCAAACUUCAAAUUAUACUCAUCUUGAAUCUUGAUGAUAUGAAAUUACCAUUAUUUA